AGAAGCCGGUCAGUUGCAGUCGUGUUAAAGUGCUUUCGAAAAAACAUAUAGUAAACUAAGAAUUGGAAAUUUGAAAACAAAAACUGUGAAGCAGAAAUUCACUUAAAAUGCAAGUGAAAGAAAUCCUGCGUUGCACAUACAUUUUGGCAUUGUUUUUGUGCUCUGUGGCUGCUCAAGAGGAAUCAUCUACAGCAGCAACAGAAUCGUCAUCAACAACCACAGAUGCAGCAACGGCCACAAAUGCUGCUAAAGGGUUAAGCACUGCAACUUCUACUAUUACUACUACCACUAGUAGCGCUCCUGUCACUUCAGAUCCCGCCAGCAAGAGAACAACGAGUGUUGAGGUGGCCAGUGCUAAGAGUACCAGUGCUGCUGAGGACCCGUCGCAGUCGAAGAAAUAUUUUACAGCCGACGACCUGCCAGUUUGCAAACAAAGCAGUCCAGAAUUCAACAAUUGCGUGAAAAAUCUCUUAGAGGAAUCCAUACGCCGCGUUAAAAAUGGCAACAAGGCGCUGAAUAUUCCCGUAAUCGAUCCUUUCCGCCUCAAUCGCACCACUUUUCAAUACACAAAUGGCAAUGUACGUGGACGUAUUGCCAUGCUAAAUGGACUCACAUAUGGCUUCUCUAAAACGGAAAUCAAAACGCUUGACUUGAAAGUGAUUGAUGGCAAAAUUAAGAUGAAACUACUAUCCCAUGUGCCAGAGAUAAGAGUUGUGGGCAAUUAUAAGGCCGAGCUUUUGCUGAAUAAUGUACAGCUGCGACCAAGGGGCGAAUUCAAUGUGUCAUUGGUUGACGUGGAUAUUGACCAAUUGUACGAGGGUGGCUUCUAUGAGGCUGACGGUCAUCGUUUUGUGCGCAUGACGAAAUUUGACGCUGAACCUAAAGUAAAGGAUUUUAAGCUGUCAGCAAGUGGCCUAUUUCCUGAUCCAACAUUGAAUGAACUGGCGUUGAAUAUUGUGAAUCAAUAUUGGCGUCAAAUAUUUCAAGUUUUCCUGCCCGAAACACGCCAAUAUUGGGGACCAAUGUUGCUGCGGCAAAUCAAUCAAAUAAUGUCUGUUGUGCCAUAUGAUGUUUUUGUUGUAGAUUAGUCUUCAAAAGACAGCAGUAACCGAGUAUGUGCUAAUUCAGUCGGCACAUUAAGUUAAGCAAGUUCGUAGCUUAAGUCUUUUAUUUCAACAGCCGAUUUAUGUACGUUUUGUUGUGAGUAUUCAUUUGUAUAAUAAAAAUUUGUUAA